UUACUCCAUGUCAUUAAAAUCUUAACAUCUCCAUCAGUCAUUUCUUACUUCCAACUUUUUCUUCAUUGCUCUUGGAAAUAGACCAAGGCUUUUACUCCCCCAAUAGUUGCUAUGAGCUGGCACAUAUUUAGCGAACAUUAUUUUUUUUCGUUCUUAAAAUAAAAUAUCGCUUGUAUAAAAAUAAAAAUAAAAACCGUUUAUUUCCCUUAAAAAAGAAAUUGUGGUUGGUUCUUUUAUGUGAAUAUAUCUCCAAUAAGCAAUAACUAUUGGAUUCAAGUUUCUGCUCAAAGAAAUUAAAACAGUGUCGAGCAGAUUUGAUACACUUUGGAACAAUUAAAGUGGGUGUCCUCCACUUUUCACUUUUUGUUACACCAAUAUGAAUUAGACAGCAAGCUGUACCAAUAUAUUUAUUAACCAUUAUUUAGUGUUCAAAAAGGCUAAGAUCUAAUUAAUACACAGAGAGAGGACAAAUGACCAACUUAAAACAGAAAAAAGAAAAAAAAAGAGAAACAAUAAAAAAAGAAAAAAAAGAAACAAAGAUUGAGAAGAUAAUCAUGGCCCUCCAAGUCAGGGACCGUUGGGCCAGUAGAAGAUCCUAGUCGUUGGAAUUUAACUCGAAAAUUAAAACAAUACCCUGCCUUUUCUUUUCGAAUUUUGUGUUGCACCACCAUGUCUAUAAAUUUGCCUCCAUCUCCAUGCACGAAAAAACAAAAUUAAAAAAUCAGUCAAUUUCCAGCUCCUCACUUCUCCUCCUUCCUCAGCUAUAAAUACACCCAAACAAACACACUGCAAUUUCCACCAUCACAAACACGCCCAUUUCAUUUUUCCUUCAUACUUCACAAAACAAAUGGAAGAGGCAUUUAGAAGGCUGAAUGGGUUUACCCGCUCAACCGAACCCGACCCCAUCUCUGACCCACCCAGGAAGUCAACCACCGCUACCCCGACCAACAAGCGCAUGCUCAGAGACACCACGACAACCGCAGGCACUGGCACCGGCGGCGGCGCAAUGAGAUACCGAGGCGUACGACGAAGGCCAUGGGGUCGUUACGCUGCCGAGAUCCGGGACCCACAGUCCAAAGAGCGGCGUUGGCUCGGCACCUUCGACACGGCUGAGGAAGCCGCCUGCGCCUACGACUGCGCUGCUCGAGCCAUGCGCGGGCUCAAGGCUCGGACCAACUUUGUCUACCCGUCUUCCCCUCCUCACGCCGCCGUCAACGACCAUCUCCUCCCUCCGUUCAGCUUCCACAAGCAGUCUCAGCCGUGCGUGAAGAGAAGUAACGGCUACGGCGCUGGCCACUCUUCGAGUUGGCCGUCUGUAACGCCGUUUACUCAGUACCCAGCAGCUAAUAAUGAUGACGCUGCUGCCUCUCCUUUGAACAUGCUCUUCUUUAGAAACUUCAUCAAUUCCUCACCAAACCCAUCUCCGGUUUAUAACCAGUUUCCGUACAAUAUCAGUGGUGCUUCUUCCUCUUCUUCUUCAGCUGCUUUGGUCAACACUACCAGCUGUGGUCAACCUCAUGAAACCAACAUGUCAGCAAGUACUAAUUUCAGUUCUACUGGUACUGGCUCAUCAUCUUCCAUGACUGUAGCUACUUCCGUUCCUCUCAUGGAUAUUACUACUUCUUCCACAAAACCCACCACCCAUGACGAUCAUUCAGAUUUCUUUGCUGUGGAGUCAUCUGAUUCUGGGUUGUUAGAAGAGGUCAUUCACCGCUUCUUCCCAAAACCCACCUCCAAGAAGUCAAUGGACCCUCCAAAAUCAGCUGACUAUGGUCGCCAUAAUAUGAACAGCAUUCCUUCAAGUUCCAGCCAGGCCUCUUUUGUGUCUGCAAAUCAAGCUCCUCGCUUUGAUGGGCCGACAAAGAAUCAUCCUCAUCAGCAUGGAGGUGUAUGCUAUAACUUCGAAGAAUUGCUGCCACAACCACAGCAGCUUGGAAACAGUUUCAGUGUUGGAAUGGAUUAUCAACCACAAGUAUCACAGACGACGCAGGCCGUCCCGUUUUACAAUGAUCACGUGCCAAUCAACGUCCAGCUGGGCGGGCAAGAUUACUCCAUGGUCGAUAAUAACAUGUUCCAGUACCCUGAGUUCAUGGGUGGUUUUGCGGCCAGGGUCCAGAACUGAAGCCUGAGAGACUGAUCUCUCUUGAGUGAUGGGCGAUGCAAGUUAUGCUUUGAAGUUCGAUGAGGUAGCUGAAGCUUAGAGCUAGAUAGCUAGAAAGAAAGUAUGGAUCUAACGAGUUUGCAUGUAUCUUCCUCUUCUCCUGGACUUAGGGUUUUGUUUUCUUAGGAAGAAGAGAAUGAAAACUAUUUACUAUGGGUUUUGGUCUUGUUUUGAUUAGAUUAUAUAUAUAUAUAUAUAUUAUAUGUUAGAACUUGUUGUCAUGCGCUCAUAUUUGCUUUUAUAUUGAGUUUUGAAUUGAUUUAUCCGAAGCGAUGAGAUGCAUUUUCUGAGCUGUGAUAAUUGCUCACUUGGGUUUAGGAAAUUACAGUUGACCUUGUAAAUCUCAUCUUGCAAUGCUAUGAUUGGACUUUUCGGCUCUUA